AUGAAUGUUGAACCUGUUUUUCCAAUAAAGCGUCGUGUCAUUAGAAAAAGAUAUUUUGGAGAGAACAAUGAGGAUCAAGAAAGUCAAUCAUCGGAAGAAUCAUUUCGGGUCAACUAUUUUCUUAUUGUUGUUGAUAUGGCAAAAACGUCUUUGAAAAACAGAUUUGAGGAGUUGAAGACAUUUGAAAGUAUUUUUGGAUUUUUAUAUAAUUCACAAAAGUUAAAAUCACUUGAUGAAAAUGAGUUGAAAGAAUGUUGUCAAAAGUUUUACUCUACCUUUUCUCAUGGCAAUUUAUCGGAUGUUAUUCAAGAUGGUUUGUUCUCCGAAUUAAAAGUCUUACAAUUCACUUUGCCAAAUGAAUCAAUGUCUGCUAUUGAAAUUCUUAAAUAUGUCAAAUCAGCAGAUUGUUAUUCGAAUGUCGCAAUUGCUUACAGAGUUUUAUUAACAGUGCUUGUGACCGUAGCAUCGGCCGAAAGAAGCUUUUCAAAACUCAAGUUAAUAAAAACCUAUUUGAGAUCAUCAAUGGCGCAAGAAAGGUUGAACGGUUUGGCAACAUUAUCGAUUGAGAAGGAUAUGCUAGAAAACAUUGAUCUUGAUGUAACUAUAAAUGACUUUGUAUCUCAAAAUGCUCGAAGAAGCCGCUUUGUAUGA